CCGUGAUUUCCCGGCAGUUUCGGGAAAUGCCACGUUCUAGGAUUGAGGGUCUUCUGGCUUCAUUCCCCAAGUUAACUAGCUCUGGACAGCAACACACUACCAUUGAGACCGAGCAUGUUCGAUAUGUAUACCAGCCCUUAGAUGAACUCUAUAUAGUUCUCAUCACGAAUCGUCAGUCUAACAUCUUACAAGAUAUUGACACGUUACAUUUGUUUGCACGUGUUGUGUCUGAUGUGUGCCGAUCAACGGAGGAAAGAGAGAUAUUGAGAAACAGCUUCGAGUUGUUGAGCGCUUUCGAUGAAAUUGUAUCGUUAGGAUAUCGUGAGAAUGUCAAUUUGGCACAAGUCAAGAGUAUCACGGAGAUGGAAAGCCACGAAGAAAAGAUUCAAGAAAUAAUAGCCAAGAAUAAGGAACAGGAAGCCAAAGAAGAGCUUAAGAGGAGGGCGAAACAGUUAGAAAUGCAAAAAAAAGAAAUGCUCAAAAGAGGAAAUUCUUUUGGAUUCGGUCAAUCGAUCAACAGACCAUCUUCUUAUGCUGAGCCUCAAGUCCAACAAACUUUCGAUGAGAAUAUACGUUCAACGUUUAGUAGUUCUCCAACCCCAUCGUCUUCUAAGGCAAAGGGAAUGCAACUAGGGCGGAAGCAGAAAGGAGCUGAUUUGUUUGAAGCUGUUAAAAACGAAGUUGGAUUCGAGGAAUCCACCGAAAAAUCCAAUGUCAGAGGAACAUCAUCCGUCCCCAUGGAAAGUGUUCACAUAUCAAUUGCCGAAAAGAUAUCUCUUCAGGCCAAUAGAGACGGCGGCUUGGAAAAUCUGGAGGUGAAGGGUGACAUGGAACUUACUAUUUCGGAUCCAAACAUGACCCGAAUUAAAAUUUCUGUUCGUGCAGUAGACGAUGGCACCUUGCAAUUGAAGACACAUCCAAAUGUCGAUAAGAAGUUAUUUUCGACUGAUAGCAUUAUCGCUUUAAAAAAUCCGGGUCGAGGAUUCCCCGUGAAUCAGCCUUUAGGGAUUCUUAGGUGGAGAUUUAUCACGAAAGACGAGACUGCAAUCCCUUUGUCAAUAAAUUGUUGGCCUUCUCCUGCUGGCGAUGGCACCAUUGAUGUCAAUAUUGAAUAUGAAUUGGAGAGUGAAAACCAAGAAUUCAAGGAUGUGGUCAUCUCGAUUCCAUUACCCUCUUCCGGAAAUCCGGUUGUCGGAGAUGUAGACGGUCAUUAUGAAAUAAGCAGACAACCCAGAGCCUUAGAAUGGCAAUUGCCUAUCAUCGACUCGUCCAACAAACAAGGAUCCCUCGAGUUCAAUAUUGCAGGAGAUGAUGUCAAUGUGUUUUUCCCUGUUGGCGUAUCAUUUACAAGCGAAAAAUUGAUCUGUGACAUAGAUGUGUUAGAGGUGAUGCACGCGGAGUCUGGAGCCACCGUGACCUUUUCUAAAGAGAAGGUCUUGACAGCCGAAGAAUAUCACGUCAU